CUCAGGCACGCCGAGGGCAGCUCGUGUGAGGUCCUCACGGCAAACCAAGAUGGCUGCCCCCGUGAUGAAGACAGUGAGAGGGUGGUCGGACCUAGCGCUGGGUGUACGCAGUGCUGUUCUGCGACUUCCAGGCCUCAGCCAGGUGAGGUGGAGCCGCUAUGGCCCUGAGUACAGGGAUCCCCAGAUUGACAAGGAAUAUUACCGCAAGCCCUUGGCAGAGCAGACUGAGGAACAGAAGUUUGAGCUGGAGCUCAGGAAGACACAGCUUAUCAAAGCUGCCCCAGCGACGAAAACAGGCUCUGUGUUUGAAGACCCAUUGAUCAGUAAAUUCACCAACAUGAUGAUGAAAGGUGGAAACAAAGUUCUGGCCAGAUCCCUCAUGACCAAGACUCUGGAGGCUGUGAAAAGGAAGCAGUUUGAGAAGUACCAUGCUGCUUCCCCAGAGGAGCGGGCAGCCAUUGAACGCAACCCCUACACCAUCUUCCACCAAGCCCUGAAAAACUGUGAGCCUGUGAUUGGGCUGGUACCCAUCCUCAAGGGCGGUCACUUCUACCAGGUCCCUGUGCCACUGUCGGACCGGCGGCGGCGCUUCCUGGCCAUGAAGUGGAUGAUUACCGAGUGCAGGGAGAAGAAGCCCCGGCGGAUGCUGAUGCCAGAGAAGCUGUCGCAGGAGCUGCUGGAGGCUUUUCACAACCAGGGCCCUGUGAUCAGAAGGAAGCACGACAUGCACAAGAUGGCGGAGGCCAACCGCGCCCUGGCCCACUACCGCUGGUGGUAGGGGCGGGGAGGCCGUGGGAGGAGCCGGGGCUCUCUGCUGCCUGAAAAGCGCCUGUGUGGGAGGAUGCAGUUCCAUUUUAGGGGCGGGCAGGCCUCCCAGGAAGGAGGGAGCGGUAUGUGCAUCGCCUUAGUCCUUCCCUUGUGGGCCAGGACUUGCUUUCCCUGCCCUGUCUCCUGCAGAGAGCCAAUACAUGGACUUGGAGUUCCCCCAGGAAACUUAGGGCCCCUCCCGCCUUGUCUUCCCUCCACUUAGGGUGGACGUUUGGGUGACGAAAGGAAGCAUUUUCAUAUCAGAAAGGUUUAUUAGAAAAUCCUCACCCUGCGCUGGAGCACGUGAUGCAGUGCCGCCACUCAUUAAAACCGACUGCGGGAAACACCUGUUCCCAAAGUCGUGCUCGUACAAAACGUA